AGGAGGUGACUUAUUCGUUCUGGAUUUCAGCCAAUGCUCGGCAGCUGACGGUCCUACCUAUACCUAUACGAUACCAUCCUUCCUUUCGAGGUUGCACUUGCCCGAUUCAUUUCUGAAUGUGCUCAGGUGCCUUCCUUGACAUCCAGGACCUCGACCACGCCUACCUUCUGUUUCUCGUGAGCCCUAAGAAUCUCCCACAACGCCACAUUUUGUCUGGACCAUAAUCCUCCGCCUUUAGCAAUUGUCUCCCAUCGCUCAACCAGUCAACCCCCCUUCGCUCAGGCACGUCGCCAUGGCUUACGUCUGCCAGGAAUGUAAACUCGAGGUGGCCAACCGCGACGCUCUCGUGGCACACUGGGCGGAGCAGCGCGAAAAAGGAAAUAAGCACUUCCACUGCCCGGAUUGUGUGAUUCUCUUCCGUGACCCCAACACCCAUCGCCAUCCUGUCAAGCAGGAUCUUGCCUGCCCUGGCUGCCAUGCCCGCUUCACCAGUGCAGGCGGCCUUGUCGAUCACAUUGAGAGGAACCUCUGCAAGAAGAUCAGUAAUCAUCAAUUCGUCGAGCGCCGGGAGCAGAAGCUCGCGUUCGAGAGAGAGCUGCAGCGACGCGAGAAGGAGGCCUUGCCGGAGAGUCUCUCGCUCGCGAGCUUGACCCUGUCCGAAAUUGAGAAUGGACUCAAUGGAGUCUAUCAGCGCCCUCGAUACGAUUUCACAAGGCAUCUCUCAAGAGCAGCAGCUGGUGUCGCUAGUCAUAUUAACCCCAUGACUACUCGUCCCGAGUCAGAGGGUGUGAAGACAGGCCAAGGGCACCAGUUGGCUCAGGGGAAACGACUCUUCCAGAAUUCUCCGGCGGCGGUAGCACGAGUCCCUAAAAAAGUCGAGGUCGGUCAAAGGGCAGGCCAGAACACGGGCUCGCCAUGGCCAGAGCACGAUCCCCGAAAUCCAAAAUGGAAUCCCAAUGACUACUAUGUGAAGCACACCGACAAGUACAAGUGCCCACACGAACGCUGCCCCAAAUCCUUCCGGAACGGAGCAGGCCUCCGUGGUCAUCUUCUCUCAGAGGUGCACACAGGGCUCCUCAAGGUGCAGUGUCCCCGGUGUGCCAAGUGGUUCAACAGCAUGGCGGCACUCACACAGCAUGUCGAAUCACCAUCGGUGCGGUGCAACAUCCGGAAUACAGAUGGUUACGAUGAUUUCCUGGAUAAGCUCACGGCAGGCAUUGUGGACAGGGCCGGUAGUAACCCAGAUGGGAUGCCAAAGUUGACGGUUUCGGAAGGGGCUCGCACGGCGUUUGUCGAGCGUUCGGAAGAAAAGCAAGAAGACAAGGGCUGGGACGAUGAGUGUGAACCGUCCUGGUAA